AAAAACAAAACAAGAGACUUUGUGUCUUUCUGUCGAAAGGAAAGAAUCAACACAAUGGAUUUGAAUGCGUCUCCUUCCAACAACACGAUUCCCGUGAAUGGCACAAUCCCUGUUGCUUCCACGUUUGCCACCGCCACCACCAUCCCAUCGGAAAACCCACCUCCGGCCAACGCCUCCGGCGACCGGAAACCCAUCGCCUUGUGGCCGGGGAUGUACCAUUCUCCGGUGACCACCGCUCUGUGGGAAGCAAGGUCCAAGAUUUUCGAGAGGCUUCUCGACCCACCAAGGGAUGCUCCUCCGCAAGGUGAAUUGCUCACCAGAACCCCUUCUCAGAGCAGGACCAGCAUCCUCUACAACUUCUCCUCUGAUUUUGUGCUCAGAGAGCAGUAUAGGGAUCCCUGGAAUGAGGUCAGAAUUGGCAAGUUGCUGGAAGAUCUUGAUGCCUUAGCUGGAACUAUUUCUGUUAAGCACUGUUCUGAUGAAGCUAGCACAACAAGGCCGCUUAUAGUUGUCACUGCUUCUGUGGAUAAGAUUGUGCUAAAGAAGCCAAUUAGUGUUGACAUUGAUCUCAAAAUAGUUGGUUCUGUUAUAUGGGUUGGGCGCUCCUCAAUAGAGAUUCAACUUGAGGUUACUCAGUCCAAAGAAGAGGGCAGUGAUGCAGACUCAGUAGCACUAACAGCAAACUUCAUAUUCGUUGCUCGAGACUCUAAAACUGGGAAGGCUGCUCCUGUGAAUCGACUUUCACCAGAAACUGAUCUUGAAAAACAUCUUUAUGAGCAAGCUGAAGCAAGAAACAAUUUGAGAAAAAGGAAACGAGGAGGGGGAAAGAGGGACUUCGAUAAUGGAGAGGAAAAUAGGCUUAAGCCGCUAUUGGCUGAGGGAAGAGUAUUCUGCGACAUGCCAGCCUUAGCUGACCGAGACAGCAUUUUACUAAGAGAUACCAGCCUUGAGAACUCUUUAAUAUGCCAGCCACAGCAAAGGAACAUCCAUGGUCGAAUAUUUGGAGGCUUCUUGAUGCAUCGUGCAUUUGAAUUGGCUUUCUCUACAGCAUAUGCCUUUGCUGGAUUGGUUCCCUAUUUUCUUGAAGUGGAUCAUGUUGAUUUCCUAAGACCUGUUGAUGUGGGGGAUUUCUUGCGUCUCAAAUCCUGUGUUCUGUACACUGAACCUCACGACCCAGAUCAGCCACUCAUCAAUGUUGAGGUUGUUGCACAUGUUACAAGACCUGAGAUACGAUCUAGUGAGGUAUCAAACACUUUCCAUUUCACCUUCACACUACGUCCAGAGGCUAAAGCUAUGAAAAAUGGAUUUAAACUUCGAAAUGUGGUGCCAGCAACGGAGGAAGAAGCACGCCGCAUACUAGAGCGCAUAGAUGCUGACAACUUGAAUGAAUUCUUCAGAACAUAAGAAGAGAAACAGCAAUCAGCUGGUAAAGUAUAUAAAAUGGCUAAUGGCUACCACAUAUGAGCUGAAGUUCAAAGAUUAGCUUUUAUAUAUAAUAAUUUUCCUGUCCAAUCAUUGAGGGCGCAAGUUAGCCUUGUAUGGAGCAUCAUUGGACUUGAUAUAUGGCAAUUGGUGCUUAGAUAGCAUGUAUACGAACCUUAUUUUUAGAAUACACCUGCUUAUAUCAUAUACAUAUAUGAAUGAAUGAAUAAAUGUCUACACAUAUAUAUAACAAGUUAAGGGUUUUCAUA